GCGAAGGAAGAAGAGCGAGUGCCUGCGGCGGUGGCACAAGGCCUCAGGCCUGUGAGCGUUUCCAGGCUCCAGCAGGAACCGAGUCAAGGUGCCCACGUCUUCUGAGCUCCUGUCUACACUCCUUCCUGCUGUCCCUGACCAUGCCUCGAAGGAAGAAGAGUAAGGCCCGUGGUGGUGAUAAACCCCACGGUGAUAAACCACCCCAAGCCCAAGGCAAGACCCAGAGUUGUGGGGGUGCUCAGGCCACAGCAGCAGCAGAAGAGGAGUCCACUACCUCCUCGCCUCAGUGUGAAGGUGUUACCCAGAGUCUGCCUGAUGCUCAGUCAUGUAGCACUUCCCAGGAGCCUGAAAGAAUACCGGCCAUCACCACUUCUGCAGUCUUUUCUUGCACUAGAUCUAGUGAAGCAUUCGAUGGCCAAUAUAAGCAUAGGGUGUUUCUCUAUGAGGUCCCACCCUUCACUGAGACCCCAGGAACUGACUGUUUAACCAGGAAAGCUAGCUUGUUGGAGCAGUACCUUCUGUACAGGUAUAAAAUGAAGCAGCUCAUCAUGAAGGAAGACAUACUGAAGAUUAUCCACGAAAGCCACCACGACCGACUUGCUGAGAUUCUCAAGAGAGCCUCUGAACGCAUUGAGCUCGUCUUUGCGGUGGAUCUGAAGGAAGUCGACUCAGUCGUUCCCUGCUAUAAUCUGGUCAGCAAAUUGAAACUCCCCAACAAUGGGAGGGUGCGUGGUGGAAGGGGGUUUCCCAAGACCGGUCUCCUGAUGAAUCUCCUGGGUAUGAUCUUCAUGAAGGGCAACUGUGCUGCUGAGGAAGACAUCUGGAAAUCCCUGGGUACGAUGGGAGUAUAUGCUGGAAGAAAGCACUUCGUCUUUGGAGAGCCCAGAAAGCUCAUCACCAAAGAUUUAGUGAGGCUGAAGUACCUGGAGUACCGCCAGGUUGCCAACAGUGAUCCUCCACGUUAUGAGUUUCUCUGGGGCCCAAAAGCACAUCUGGAAACCAGCAAGAUGAAAGUCCUGGAAUUUUUGGCAAAGGUCAAUAAUGCUGUUCCCACUGACUUCCCCACUUAUUAUGAAGAAGCUUUGCGAGAUGAAGAGAAAGCCCAAGGCAUGGAUGCAGCCAAGCCUGACGCUACUAUCAAAGUCAGUACACCUCCCAGGGACAUGCUCAAUAUUGUCUUCCCACCCGUAAUGAAGAAUGUGACGCUUUUUCCCCGAGGCAUGAAAAUAUAACAUUACAAUAGGGAUUAUAUUCUUGGAAAUGUGAAAGAAUCCCAUAGUAAAAUAGUUAGGAUA